CAAGUCUCCCUCUCGCGCUAUAGCUUUCGGCGCCCGAAGUCAGUACGGUCGUAAAGUAGAGUGAAGUUAGUCGCUGAAAAGCUCUACGAGCGAGUCCAAGUCGGUGUUGAACGCGAUCGCGAACGCGUCCGUUGUGCGCGGGUGUUUCCGAGGUUCUUAAGAACCAUGCCAGAACCUGCAGAGAAUCUUUCAACGACAACAACGACGUGACAAAUUGCGCGACUUGUAACCGGUUCCCCAAAAGGAGGUUUGAACAACAAAACACGCACAAACUCAUCUCAAACACACGCCCAGCUUAGCUUUAAUCAGCUCGGAACACUUAAUUAAACAAAAAUAUCGCCCGCGCUCCUGCCCCCACGCCCGGCAAUAAGGUUCGCGAUCGCCGCGGUCCAGGACUCGUGUAUAUAAAGCGCGAAUCGCGGCAUGUAUUCGCUAAGUCGGCGCGUAAUAAUCAUGUUGAGCGGGGCGAUCGCGUUGCUGGUGCUGGUGACGAUCUUUGGUGUGUACGGAGCACCCACGGCGGAACAUUUGCUGGACGUGCCGGAUGGGGGUGGUGCCGAAUCGCGGUUACAGGGUGACGACCUGAUCGAGGAGGAUCGCGCCCUUCGGGACUACGAGCUGAAGCAGGUGCAUGUGUUCUUCCGCCAUGGACAACGCACUGCCGCGGACACCUACCCGACGGAUCCGCUCAUCAAUCAAACCUUUGCCCCGUACGGAUGGGGCCAACUGACCAACUACGGCAAGGAAACCCUGUACGACAUCGGCACGUGGCUGCGGCAUCGCUACGGCAAACUGCUCGGCAAGCUGUACUACCCGGAAAAGGUGCACGCGCAGAGCACUGGGGUAUCUCGAACACAAAUGUCCAUCGAGCUGGUCCUGGCCGCGCUCUACCCGCCGGAGGGAACCGUCCAGGAGUGGAACCACGAUUUGAACUGGCAGCCGAUUCCGUUUUUCAGCGAACCGUUGGAUCAGGAUACGCUGUUGCUGGUGCGCAAGUCCUGUCCGAGAUAUCAUGAGGCCGCGAAUGCUGUACUGGAGAGCGGUGAGAUUCGCCAGCUAAUGGUUGACAAUCUGGAGUUGUUUGAUAACUUGACACGGAUAACCGGGAUGGACAUCCGGACGCCGGACGAUGUUCAGUCGCUGUACGCGACUCUGCGAGCCGAAUCCGAGUUUGGUUUGACGCUUCCGGAGUGGACCCGGGAUUACUACCCGGAGAAACUGCUGCCGCUGACGAAGCUCAGCUACGUGCUUAACGUGUACAACGAUGAGCUGAAGAAGCUCAAAGGUGGUCCGUUCCUGAAGAAGACCCUGGCCGAGUGGGACGCCGUAAUUGCCAACGAAGAAAGUCCAAAGAACAAGAAGAUGUUCGUCUACGCUGGGCAUGACUCGACGGUCGUCAAUCUGCUGUCCGUGUUUAACGUCUGGCGGGAACAAUUCCCCAACUACGCCAUCAUGGGCCUCCUGGAACUGCACAAGCACAAACGAACGGGCGAAUACACGGUACGGAUCUUCCAGAAGAACGUGGGCGAGCCUCCGAUUCCGCUGACGAUUCCCGGCUGUGCCAAGCGUUGUCCGGUGGAUCAGCUGAAAGAACUGCUCAAAAGUCACGUGCCCAUCGAUAUGGUUGAAGACUGCAAGGCCCACGGGGACGGAUUCGAGGAACCGCCCCCGAGGGGACCGUAAUUCUCAGUUUAAGUUGCGUUUUUUUUGUAAUUUUAUGAUUAAGUUAAAAGUGAUUUUAUGAUUUGUGAGAACGUUUUUCGAAUAAAUUAAGAGCUGUGAAUGUUUGGAACUAUUUCUAAA